UGUAGUUAUAGGUGGAUAUGGUUUUACUUAGAUUUGUUCGUAACAAAGUAAUAUAAAUUACCUACAAGAUAUUUUUUAUGUAGGAAAAGCGACUUGAUAGUACGGUCAACUUCAAAAGCACCUACACUUAUGAACCUUGUCAAACUAACAAGCAACUGUUUGCAUAAAUUAAUGACAAAUGAAUCCUUCGUAUAAACACAUUUUGUAAUAUAAAGAUGAAAAGAUCUUUGGACUCACUAUUGGUAGAGGUACCUACCAACUUAUCCAUUUUCCGCAUAGAACCACUUGGACUCGUUUUCAGUGGCCUCCAACCCCCGCUCAUAAAUCCAAGGUUGAGGCUAAACAACAGUAAAAACUUUUAUGAUAGCAAUUUGUAAGUUGUUGUACAAGUGCUUGCGAGCGGCACCGAGGCGGCGGUGCCAGGCGCCGGCCACGCCAGAUAUCGAUUUAAUUCACCCAAAACUAUGCAGUUGUUUAGAAUACUCAGUCAUACCCCAGGGAUGCGAAGCGGAAGGUAGCCAACCAGCAUCUAGUUAAACUAUGUAUUUAAUAUCCUCGGUAUUAUGACGGCAACUAAAAUUGUGAGCAAGAAAUGGAUCAGCGAGGAGACGGCGGAAGAACUGGAGUUGUUCCAGUAUUGUGUGGAGAUGGACCGCGUGUGCUACGCCGUCACGAGAGUCAUCAUAGACGCCGACAACAAAUGGAAAGGGUCUAACUCCAGUCACAACGUGAGUCUGUCUAACCGCGGCUACAUUAUGGGCCUUGUUAACAUUCAGGUUUUGGAUCAAAUAAUAGAGUAUCUAGCGAAGGUAGUGAAAUCUUUGUACAAGUUGAACCCGCGACUAGCAAGACUCAAGAAGGAUAAUGGUCUUAUUCACAGCAAACAGGAGCACAUGUUUGAUAAGCUAUGUAGCACGAGGUUCAUCAUGCUACAGGCUAUAAAAGGACUGAUUGAGACCAUAUUGAACAACUGCCUGCAUCGAGAAGAUACUAGGAAAAUGAUUGAGUCGGCUCUGAGCCUUAUAGGUCUCUACAACCAGAUGAUCGGACUGAGCUAUAAGAAAUUCGCAGCGAAGUUCAGCAUUUGCAGUAACACAUAUCCAACCAUUAUAUCGGAAAUAAAACCAAUAACACUGACGAAAAUUGUUCAAAUUCUAGCAAAGAGUCGCGUGGAGAUCAACUGCCACCGCCUCAUCAACUGCCUGAUCAAGAUCUACCAGCCGGAGGAGCACGGCGACGACGCCUCCUCCACCACCACCUCCGAGAGCCUCGAGAUCUACCACACACUAACAAAGCACAUAACACCGCCAACGUCGACUGUAUCAAGACAAAUGACGACAGAAAAACGUAGAGAAGCAUUUAUGGAGAACAAAAAGGCGAAAAUGAAACAAGCACAAAGUCUCGUAGAGAAGAAGAAUGAACAAAACAAGAAGUUGAGCGAAUUGAUGUGUCUACAGAACUCUGAUUGUGAAGUGGAUUAUACGUCGCUAUUGCAGAAUGAGUGUAUUAUGGAGAAAUAUAGCAGUGAAGAAAAUGUAAACGGUAUCCUUCAAAGUGAAGAGAUGUACAUCGAAAUACUUCUAGAUACAGUUUCAAACAUGGCACCGAAGCUCUUAGGAACCAAUGGUGUGAAGAAACUAAAAUCAGGCAGAGUACACGCAAGUAAAAAAGCCGCAAAGAAGGUGACAGAAUACUAUCAGAAUGUAUUGUGGGGCGACGUGGGGACGUGUCUCGAACACAUCGUGCUGUGGUGGUCCACCUGCCCUCUGGCUACCAGAUCUCCAAACACAAGUCAGAAUCUUCGGGAGUGGUUGUUUCUAACGUUCAACGUUAACAACACCCCAGAGUUAAUUUUAGCAGCCCUACGGAUUCUAGCUGAUGCUUUGGGUUGUCAUGUUACUUCCACAUCGUGGGAUAAACACUUUGGAGCCACCCUAACAACAAACCUGAAACCGAUGUCAUUGAAAACACAUCCAGAACUUUCCAUUUACAUAACAGAAUGUACGGGCUCGGGCGCUAAUUUCGCGCUCAUGCUACACGAGCUGGUAACACUCAGUAACCAGUGCGAAGUGACUUGGGAGUACAUUUUAGGGGCCCCGCUCGAAGAUUUGCCGAUUGUGGAACAAAUACCCAUCCUGCAUAGAUUAGAUCACUCGGUACAUACGUACAGACUGUGGUGUUUGGCUGAAACGCGAAGGUUGGCUAACACUUGGCAAAUGGACGACUUCUUCAGGAUAAACCACAAUGACAUGCAAGCCUGCAUGGAACAGCUGAUCAAUCUGCGCUUUGCAGAUCAUACUGUCACUAUUGAGUCAGGCAAAAUAGGAGUACAUGAAAACGUGUGCGCAAAAAUGAGAGAGAAGUUAGUAUCUGAAGUAAAAGCUAACAUACUAAAACUAAAGGAAGCGACAGAAGAAAUAACCGCCGUGCUAGCAUCAGUCUGCGCCACCACGAGCCUCGCCCACCUCACCAUGAUGUUUCCGACCAACUACGAGUGGCGGCAAGUGACCCGCCCGCCUGAUGCAGUGUUCUCCAGCUAUGUGCACGAGUUCUUAGACACCAUGUUGCUGCCAGUAACAAAAGCCACAAGUGACUUGACAACGCUCAACAUGAUAUUGAGAAUAAUGGGAGAGUCCUGGCUACAUCACAUCUACGUCGCUAAAGUUAAAUUCAGUAAAGACGCGGCGGUGCAACUGCUGGCAGACUUCAACGAAGUGCGCAACUGGCUGACCGCCUGCAAGCACCUCACGCCGGCUGCUAAGAAACAAAUGCUUCAGAACGAAGUGUUGAGGAGAUGCGAGGGCGUAGGUAGACUGCUGCUACACGCGCCGGGCGACCUCAUCUCCAUGCAGGACUCCACCAUGCAGUCCGCGCAGCAACUCAGGAAGGACGAAAACGACGCCCCAGAACAGUUGAUGCCGGCAGAAAUGUAUGUUCCCAACCAGAAGCAAUGGCUGACGUUACGAGCCAACAAAAUGAAGGGACCACUAGCGUUUAGUCUCUGUUGUAUUGUAUUUUCUUAAAAAUAUAAAUACGUUUAUGUAUAAACAUAUGAAAAUAUAAAGAUAAUACGAUAUGAUAGUUGUAUAUGCGUAAGAGUAUCCAAUCCAAUAGUUAUGUAUGACAUAAUCCUAAUAAAUAAGCGCCUACGCCCAAUUAAAGGAGCUUAAGCAAUCAAUGCUGACAAUCAAAUAACCAUACCUAAUUAGUUUUACUAUGUUAC